AUGUCUUCUCAACCUCGUAUUUUAAAUGUUGGCACAGGUGCUGUGGGUGCAAUCUACUCAUGGCGACUGGCCAAGUCUUGUCUUGUCACUACUGUCUGUCGUUCUAAUUAUGAAAUAAUCAGACAACAUGGGUUUCAAAUUGAUUCUGCAAAGUUUGGCAAAGAUAUCUUUCGUCCACAUAAAGUGGUUCGCCAUGUUAGCGAAUGUGUUUCUGAAGAGCCUUAUGAUUAUAUUUUGGUCACCAUGAAAGCCCUUCCUGAAUGCUAUAAUGUAGCAGACAUCAUUGCUCCUGCUGUGUCUGAAAAGACAACCAUUGUCUUGAUCCAAAAUGGCUUAGGUGUAGAAGAGCCCAUCAUUGAACGCUUUCCUAAUAACCCUAUUGUGUCUAUUGUGGCCUAUAUUGGUACAUCUCAAACAGGUCUUGGUCAAAUCAAGAUGGUUGGGAAAGAAUCGUUGGUGGUUGGUAAAUACCAUGCUGCCAAAACAGAUUCAGACAAGCAGCGAGAAGCCUUGAUUGAGUUGUUCAAGAAGGGUGAUGUCGAUGUUCAAGUAGUAGAUGAUGUGGAACGUGUACGUUGGCAAAAACUGUUUUGGAAUGCUGCUUUCUCUCCUGUCUGUGCCAUGACAGGCAUGAACACAACAGAAUGUCUGAAUAAUCCGGAGGCCAUGAAGAGUGUCAAAAAAGUGAUGGGUGAAGUGAUAGAUGCUGCUAUUGCCAAUGGUUAUGAUUUUAAUCAUGAUGAACAAAUGAACAUUAUGAUCUCUCGAACAGAAGCUACAGCACAAAACUAUAAACCCUCUAUGCAAUUGGAUAAAGAGCGUUCAAGUCCUAUGGAAAUAGAAGUUAUUCUCGGUACUCCAUUAAAGAGAGCAAAAGCCAAAGGUUUAAAUGUACCCUUUUUAGAAAGUAUUCAUGCUCUUUGUAGUGCUGCCAAUGCUCAUAUCAUGAAUCAAAACAAGAAAUAA